AUGUCCGAAGAAUUUCCAACUCCUCAGUUGAUCGAUGAUUUAGAUAUACAGCAUUCGACGGAUAAUACAAGAGUCUUUAAAGACUUGUUAGCGGGUACUGCUGGUGGGAUCGCACAAGUUCUAGUGGGUCAGCCGUUUGAUACUACAAAAGUUCGUUUACAGACAGCUACAACUCAGACAUCUGCUAUAGAUGUCGUGAAAACCCUUUUAAAGAAUGAAGGACCUAAAGGUUUUUACAAAGGUACUUUGACUCCAUUGAUUGGUGUAGGUGCAUGUGUAUCUAUCCAAUUUGGUGUUAAUGAAGCAAUGAAGAGAUUCUUUCAUACUAUGAAUAAGAAUACAACCAAUUCAACAUUAUCUUUACCUCAAUACUACAUGUGUGGUGUAGCUGGGGGGUUCAGUAACUCUUUUCUAGCUGCUCCUAUUGAACAUGUCAGAAUCAGAUUACAAACGCAGACAUCAUCAGGACCAAAUGCAGAAUUUAAAGGACCAUUGGAUUGUAUACGGAAACUGAGAGCUCAAAAUGGUCUAAUGAGAGGUUUCAACGCUACUUUAUUAAGGGAAGGACACGGUUGUGGUACUUAUUUCUUAGUUUACGAAGCGUUAGUGGCUAAUGAGAUUAAUAAAGGUUUGAAAAGAACUGAAGUUCCAACUUGGAAACUUUGUAUGUUUGGUGCUUUAUCAGGUACAACACUAUGGAUCAUGGUUUAUCCUAUAGAUGUGAUAAAAUCUGUUAUGCAAACAGAUAAUUUAAAACAACCAAAGUACGGGAAGUCGAUUCUUACAGUUGGGAAGCAAUUAUAUGCUAAGCAUGGUAUGUCUGCAUUUUUAAAGGGUUUCGGUCCAACGAUUAUAAGAGCAGCUCCAGCCAAUGGUGCUACAUUUGCUACAUUUGAGAUUAUGAUGAGAAUGUUAGGUUAA